AUGCUUUCUGGACCACGAUUUUGCUCUAAAAACCGCUUAUUAGAUAUAAAAGAGCAGCUUCCUUCGAAUUUCAAACAUUUUAAAGUCUUAUCACUAACGAAUCACAAGGAAAACCUUAAGAUUAGUUUGAAUUCCAGCUGCCCUCCUGGUUACUGGGGUAGACGCUGUGAGUUGCACUUCGUGGCUCGACUAUUCGCACCGGUCAAAGGUCAGGUCGAAGUGGAAAAGUCACCCAUAUUUCUCAACGCUCUCACUUUUUCCUUCUUGUCCAUUAUCAUACUUCGUUAUAAUAUUAGAUGGUGUGGAAUUAGUGGUUACCUCGUUCCGCUCUGUCAUGCAGAAUGUAGGAUAGUGCGUCGAAACGCCCCGUUUGACUCAACUACAGUUCUUUCGCUAAACCAUCAUCUACGACGUCAAACUAUGUCAUUCCAAACGCUACCAGCUGCGGUCAACACCACACCCAGUAGCAGUGCUGCGUACUUGAAUCGUUACAGCGCCUCACAGUACUUCAAUUGUCGUACACCGUUUUCACCACUUUCACGAAGGUAUGUGUGGAGAAAAAGUGGUAGUAAAUUCAUACGCUGUUGA